CCCCUCGUCUCUCUCUCUCUCUCCUCUGCCACCUAUAUAUACGCCCAAAUUCUCUCCUCUCCCCUGCACCUAUGUCGUAGUAGCACUAACCACUACUAGCCUCUCUAGUCAGUGAUCAAUUCCACCGCCCCCAAACCCCACGUCUUCUCUGUCAAGAACGUUCUUGUACCAUCGACCGAUAGAUAGUUCACUAAGGAAUCUAGUGAGAGAGAGAAGGAGAGGAGAUGGCGGCCAUGGGGACGGAUUGCCUGCCAGCCAUUGCCAUGGUGCUGGUGCAGCUAGGCUUCGCCGGCAUGAAUGUUGUGUCCAAGCUGGCGCUGGACACCGGCAUGAGCCCCUACGUGCUCAUCGCCUACCGGAACCUCAUCGCCGCCGCCUUCAUCGCCCCCAUCGCCUUCUUACUCGAGAGAAGAAGCGGGGUGAAGAUCACCAAGAAAGUGCUCAUCCAGAUAUUCUUCUCCUCUAUUUUCGGCGCGACGCUGAACCAGGUGCUCUACUUCGUGGGUCUCAAGUCCACCACCCCGACCAUCGGGUGCGCGCUCACCAACACGCUGCCGGCCCUCACCUUCGUCAUGGCCGCCGCGCUCAAGAUGGAGACGGUGCGGCCCGCCACGCCGGCCGGGCAGGCCAAGGUGGUCGGCACCGUCGUCUGCGUCGGGGGAUCCAUGAUCAUGCCGUUCUACAAGGGCCCGCUGCUCAGGCUCUGGGACUCCCCCAUCCACUGGCGCUUCGCCGAGAGCACGUCCGCCGCUGCCGCGCCUGCCGCCGCCGGACAUUCCGCCGCGGUGAUCGGGGACGUCCUCAUCAUCGCCAGCUGCGUCGCAUGGGCCAUCUGGUUCAUCAUCCAGACCAAGAUGUCGGAGGGCUUCUCGGCGCCGUACACGAGCACGGCGAUCAUGUCCCUGAUGGCCGGGGUGCAGUGCGCGGGCGUCAGCGCGGCCAUGGACCGGAGCCUCGAGGUGUGGAAGCUCGGCUUCGACAUCCGGCUCUACUCCGUGCUCUACAUCGGAAUCGUGGGUUCGGGAAUCGCGUUCGCGCUCAUGUCGUGGUGCAUCCAGGUGCGUGGCCCGCUGUUCGUGUCCAUGUUCAGCCCGCUGCUGCUCGUCGUCGUCGCCAUCGUCGGCUGGGCCAUUCUCGGCGAGAAGAUACACGUGGGAAGUGCUAUCGGCUCCGUGCUCAUCGUUGCCGGGCUGUACAUGGUGCUGUGGGGCAAGGGGAGGGAGAUGGACAGACACGACGACGGCGACGAGGAGACCGCCAUAGACAUGGCUUCGAACGGGAAGGGCGCAGUUGCGAGCAACCGCGACGCCAUGGGCUUGCCGGUGUCGUUCUCUACAACUGCCAAGCCGCACGCCACGACCCGAAACGGCAACAACUGACGGGUGAUGGCGACAUAUACGGCAGCAAUCGUGCUUACAUACAUAUACUCUCUUUUGAUCUGUCAGUUGCAUGCAUCGAUCAAGAUCCUGCAAGGAAGAAGGAAAUUCAGAGCCCGGUGGAGGAAUAAGGGAAA